AUGAGGUUCCUCAACGUCAUCUUCGCGCUGGCUACAGCAAGCCUCCCAGCUGCAUCUGCCUCUAGUUGGCAUGCGCCCAAGUCUGUUGCCUCCCGCGGCGCAAGCAGCGGCGCAAGCAAGAUGUUCAAGCGCGAGACCAACGGCAUAACGUACAGCGUGUACGAGCACGCUGCAACGAAUGCCACGCUGGAGAUUGUCGAGGACAGCGGCAUCUGCGAGACCACGCCCGGGGUCAAGACAUACUCUGGAUAUCUCUCAGUCGGGACAAAUAUGUCUAUGUGGUUCUGGUUCUUCGAGGCUCGCAGCAAUGCAUCGACAGCUCCCCUGGCUUUAUGGCUCAAUGGCGGUCCGGGCUGCUCGUCGAUGAUUGGGCUGUUUCAGGAACACGGGCCUUGCCAUUUUGUCAAUAAUGAGACUGAGCCAAGCUUGAACCCAUAUUCUUGGAAUUCAUACGCCAACAUGCUCUACGUGGAUCAGCCUAUCGGGACCGGGUUCAGCUUCGGUGACGAUGAAGCCACCUCUACUGUGACGGCUGCGCCAUUCGUUUGGAAAUUCAUGCAGGCCUUCUUCGAGGCAUUCCCCACCUACGAGAGCCGAGAAUUUGGAUUGUGGACAGAAAGCUACGGCGGCCACUACGGCCCUGAGUUUGCUGAAUACUUCCAAAGUCAAAACAAGGCCAUCUCCAACGGCUCAGUCACCGGCGAAGUGAUCGACCUUGUCGCGCUCGGCAUCAACAAUGGGUGGAUCGAUCCAAUUAUUCAGGAGCAAGCUUAUAUCGAUUUCGGAUACAACAACACCUGGCGUCAACUAAUAAACGACACACAAUACGCCCAACUUCAACAAGCCUACGAAACACAAUGCCUGCCCCUUCUGGAGCAGUGUCCAGGAGAGACGGGGACAGACACAGCUUGUCUGAAUGCUGAUAAUCAAUGCUACGAAUCCGUCGAGGGCGCAGUUGAGAACGGCGAUGUCGAUUUUGACGUCUAUGACAUCAGACAGCCGAGCGUCGAUCCGUUUCCUCCGGAGACAUAUGUUGCCUAUUUGCAGAGGCCGGACAUCGUGAAGGCUAUCGGCGCCCAAGUGACAUACGGCGAGUGUUCGGAUGAGCCCUAUUAUAAGAUAGCAAAUACUGGUGAUGAUACGCGGUCGUUCCUCGACACCUUGAGCACAGUCGUGCAGUCUGGCAUUUCGACUUUAAUCUGGGCUGGUGAUGCUGACUGGAUCUGCAAUUAUCUUGGUAAUGAGCGUUCCGCGAAUAAGAUCGAGUACAGCGACUCAGCGGAAUUCCAAGCAACCGCUCUCCAGGAAUAUGUGCUGAAUGGCACAUCUUACGGCCAGUACAAGACGGUCAGCAACUUGAAUUAUUGGAGAGUUUACGCUGCGGGCCAUGAAGUCCCUUAUUAUCAACCCGAGGCAUCACUGCACGCUUUCAAGCAAAUUAUGCAGGGACUGCCCUUAAAAUCUCAGUAA